AUGGCUGACCCCUCAACGACACCGACGGCAGGCACCGAGAGGGCCAAGCCGUCCGAUCUCGACCUGGAGAAGGGCGCCUACGAGCCCAACUCGGACAUGGAAGCGGCCACCGUCCUGCCCGAGUCCGACUCGGCCGCCGCCAGAGGCGACAGCGACGGCGCCGGCGAGAAAGGAGGGGCGGACUCGGAGCAGGACAAGGACCCCAAUAUCGUCACAUGGGAUGGUCCCGACGAUCCCAUGAACCCGAUGAACUGGACCAUGCGCAAGAAAUGGACCAACAUUGCCGUGAUGGCCAUCUUGACUAUCAUCACACCCCUUGGCUCGUCCAUGUUCGCCCCCGGCAUCCCGCGGAUUCUCAACGAGUUCCACGAGACAUCGAGCAUCACGGCGACCUUCAUCAUGACCAUCUACAUCCUCGGCUUCGCCUUUGGGCCCCUGGUCAUCGCCCCGCUGAGCGAGAUGUACGGCCGCUCGCCGCUCUACAACGUCGGCAACCUGCUCUUCACCAUCUUCACCGUCUGCACGGCCCUGAGCAAGAACAUCGGCAUGCUCAUGGCCUUCCGUUUCCUCAUGGGCGUCGCCGGGUCCGUCCCCAUCACCAUCGGCAGCGGCAGCAUCGCCGACAUGAUGCCCGUCGAGAUGCGCGGGAGGGCCAUGGCCGCCUGGGCCCUGGGCCCCCUGCUCGGCCCCUGCAUCGGCCCCGUUGCCGGAGGCUACCUGAUCCGCGCGGCCGGCUGGCGCUGGGUCUACUGGCUCAUCGCCAUCCUCGCCGGCGUCAUCACCGUCUUCACCUUCUUCACCAUCAAGGAGUCCUACGCGCCCGUCAUCCUGGAGCGCAAGGCCAAGCGCCUGCGCAAGGAGACGGGAAACCCGAACCUGCGUAGCGCCCUCGCCGGCAGUUUCGCCUCCCCCGCCGAGAAGCUCAAGGGCGCCAUCGUCCGGCCCCUGAAGUUGCUGUGCCUCACCCCCAUUGUCACACUCAUGUCCCUCUACGUCGCCGUCACUUACGGCAUCCUGUAUCUUCUCUUCUCCACUUUCAGCAUCGUGUUCCCUACCUACUACGGCUUUGGAGAGGGAGAGAGCGGUCUCGUCUUCAUUCCCUCCGCCAUCGGCAUGGCCCUGGGUAUCAACGUCUUUGGCUCCCUCUCUGACCGGUUGGUCAAGAACAACCUCAGCGACGGACAGCGCCACCGCCCGGAGAUCAGGCUCACUCCCUUCUUUACCCUGCCCGCCGGCCUCGCCAUCCCCUCGGGACUGUUCAUCUACGGCUGGACGAUCCAGAACCACGUCCACUGGAUUGUUCCCAUGGUCGGCGUGGUUGUCUUUGCCUUUGGCCUCAUGGGUGUCAUGAUGUGCAUCCAAAACUACCUCCUCGAUGUCUAUCCUCGGGCAGCCGCGUCAGUCACGGCCGCUCUGGCCGUCCUCCGCUCCCUAGCCGGCGCCCUCCUCCCGCUCUGCGCCAUCGACAUGUACACGGAGCUCAAGAUGGGCUGGGGCAACUCGUUGCUCGGCUUUAUCUCCCUUGGUCUCGUGCCCAUCCCGCUGCUCUUCUACAUUUUUGGGGCGCGGCUUGUUAAGAAGUUUCAGGUUGACUUCUGAUCUCUCUCUCCCUCUCUCUCUGUGUGUGUGUGUGUCUGUGUGUGUGUUAUGCGUCAUGUAAGAAUCUUGCAUAGCCGUUCGGAGUUAGGGGGCUUGGGAAUACGUGGGGUUUUCAACAUGAGAUACCAAUAGACAUGUUAGACAUGUUAGACAUGUUGCUAUAAUGGAAUGAUAUUGGGUUG